AUGAAGGUCGCUGUCCUUGCUCUGUCUGCCCUUCUUGGGCUUUCUUCGGCUGCUGCUGUCGAGUCGGCCGGGAGAAAGUCUUAUGACGGGUAUAAAGUCUUCCGCGUUGGCGUCGGCCAGGAUGUAGCCAGGGUCAACAGGAUCAUCGACAAACUUGGCUUGACAACAUGGAAGGGCGCACCCCGGCCAGGUGUUGCUGCGGAUAUCGUGGUCCCGCCUUCGCAGAUCAGUUCUUUCGAGGCUGAGAUAGCGGGUAUGGAGGCCGUGACGAUGCACGAGGACUUGGGCGCGUCCAUCGCCGAAGAAACGGCCUUCAGUACCUACGCGGCGGGCUCGGCCAAUCUCUCAUGGUUCAACUCGUACCAUAGCUACAACGACCACCUGCAGUUCUUGCGUGACCUUCAGGCCAUGUAUCCGACACAGUCUCAAAUUGUGUCUUCAGGAACCUCGCUGCAAGGGAGGAACAUAACUGGCAUCCACUUCUGGGGCAGCUCUGGCAAGGGAAAGCCGGCUGUUGUUUUCCAUGGGACUGUGCAUGCUCGAGAGUGGAUUACGACCAUGGUUGUUGAGUACUUCGCCUACAUUCUCCUGACCACCUCGAACACGGCCGAGGUCCAGGGGUUCCUGAACAAAUACGACUUUAUUUUCUUUCCCGUUGUCAAUCCAGAUGGCUUCGUCUACAGUCAGACCAGCGACCGGCUCUGGCGUAAGAAUCGGCAGACGAGAACGAGCAGUUCGUGCGCCGGCACCGACAUCAACCGCAACUGGCCAUACCAAUGGUCCGUUAGUGGCGGAGCCUCGACCUCCCCGUGCGCCCAAGACUACAAGGGUCAGGCUCAGGGCGACGCUCCCGAGACGACUGCGCUUGCUUCGUGGUUGCGCUCGACCAAGGCCAGUCAGGGCAUCAAGCUCUACAUGGACUGGCACUCGUAUUCGCAGCUGUUCAUGACUCCCUACGGAUACUCUUGCACAGCAGUUGCAAAGAACAACAACGAGCUCCAAUCCCUUGCCAGUGGCGCCGUGGCGGCCAUCCGGUCUGUCCAUGGCACCAGUUUCCAGGCGGGCCCCAUCUGCUCAACCAUCUACAAGGCCACGGGCACCAGUGUCGACUACAGCCACGACGUGGUCGGUUCUCAGUAUACCUUCACCGCCGAGCUGCGCGACACGGGCAACUACGGCUUUGUGCUGCCGGCCAACCAGAUCCUGCCCAGCGGCGAGGAGGCCUAUGCCGCGGUGAGGUAUCUGCUGCAGAACAUGAAGUGA